AAAAUAACGCUUCAAACAGUUUUUGCGUAUUAUCUCGAAACACGUUUUUGGGAUUAGACGGGUUUUGCAACUUAACGCCUCAAUGAGUAAAUACAAAUAUAGAUAAAAUAUGCUCGAGUUAGACGAAAAACUGGUGAAGCUGGCAACGCCGUGGCCACCCUCUUAACAGGCCACUCCUCUCUUCAACGGCCGCCGCACGUCGAGCCAGUCGCAGUCAAUAGCGAGACCUGUUCGCUUCCUUUGCGCUAGCGUUUUAAUCAGGCAAAUGUCGAACAACGCCGAAAAUUCCACAGGAACUGCGCCACGUCCAAAGCGGACACUUGGUAAAAAAAGGACUUUUCUAACGCUGAAGCAAAAAGUCGAAAUGUUGGAGUUGCACGCCAGCAGCGCAAAAACGAGUGCCCGAGAAUUGGCCAAGCGUUUCGGUGUGGGCAAGACGCAGGCGGCGGACAUACUCAAAAAGAGACAGGAGAUACUGAACAAAUGGUACUCGACGAACCCCAACGUUAACGAAAAGAGGAGCUUCUUACAUCCGAAGGGAAUUCAAAUAGAUAAUUUAUGUUACGAAUGGUUCCUAAAUGAAAAUAGCAACGGAACAUACAUUACAGGACCGUCGAUUCAACAAAAAGCCAAAGAGAUUGCUGCCAGUUUAGAUUAUCAUGAUUUUUAUGCCUCCUCGGGUUGGUUGGAAAAAUUUCGCAAUCGGCACAAUAUUACUUUCAGAGGAAAUUCUGCAGAACAUUCAAUUGCCAAAACCGGCCAUCAAAGAAACAUUUUACCAACCGUAGUUGGUAAUAAUGAAGGAACAUUAAAAAAUUCUUUAGACCUGAAGGAAUCCAGAAUUGAUAAGUUGUGUUACGAAUGGUUUGAACUUCAGACUAGUAAAGGUCUUAUUAUUACAGACUCCUUGAUGCAAAAAAAAGUUGAAGAAAUCGCUGCCAUUUUAGAUUGCGAUGAUUUUAGUAAUAUUCGUACUUGGAUUGACAGCUUUUGUGUUCGUCAUAAUAUAACAUACAGUUUUGGUCAUUUGUGCAAAGGAGAAAUUGAUCGACAUUCGAAAUUAAAUGAAGAACCCAUGGUUUACACUAAAAUUAAAGAAGAAAUUAUUUGUCAAUCGGAAUUGGAAAAGUCCGAAGUUAAUAUUAAAGUAAAAGAAGAACAUGAACCUUCCACGGACAUAGAAAUUAACAGUUAUGAUCGUGCUAUCGAAAUGGUAAAGGUUCUCCAAGAUUUUGUUAGCACUCGACAAGACGAUUAUGCAUUAAACUUGCUGAUUGAUUUAGACAUACAUUUUCAUAAUAUCGUUCUAACCAGUGAAACAUCUGGACAAGAAUAGAUUUGUGUAGUAUCUUGUAUAACAAAAUGAAACAAUAUAAUCUAUUUAAAAAACAACGAAUACUUUUAUCUCUAUUUUCUUAACAUAUUCCUACAAAUUUUGAUUCAUUGCGUCACAACUUAUAUUCCACCGAGCACUAUUCUAAGAACUUCCGAAAUAUUUGGAUUGUACGUUACUUUUUUAAAAUAAUUUCCAGCAAAAACAACUUUCCACAACUGCACACGGUCGUAGAUCGACUGAAACAAACUUUUAU